AUGGACAUGUUUGGUACCAAUUCUAUUCUUUCGUCAUUUAAUGACACAGGAGAAACCCUGAGUAACCAGUCCAUCGAUGUGACCCAGGCUCCUGAUUCCACUACGUUUGCCACAAAUUUGUCAUUUAAUGGUACCAUAAGUCCAAAUUCAUCGACAGUAACAACUCUUGGGGCAAACGGAGAUAUUUUGUUGAAAAUCUUAGAGGUCCUUCAGCACGCUAACUACUUCCUUUUACCGACGUUCCUGCUCCUUGGCCUCACCGGAAAUGGCCUUACGAUUAUCAUUAUGACCACCCGACGCUACGCACAUUUGACGUCACGUCUACUGCUGAUGGCGCUGGCUAUUUCUGACUCACUUUUACUUUUAACACAACCUCUAAAUAAAAUUUUCGUUAUCAGAUUGACUGGAAUAGACCUCAGAGCAUUAUCUGAGGCUGGUUGCAAGAUCUAUUUUGUAUUUUUUAAAACAGGUAAAAUGACUUCAUCAUGGUUUGUGGUGUUGCUCUGUGUCGAACGAUUUGUUGCUGUCUGGUUCCCUUUUCGCGCAAAGAGGAUCUGUACGCAGAGGAAUACUAUUCUGUCUAUCAUUAGUGUUUAUAUCUUCAUCGGUACUUACAACUCCAUCUGGUCUCCUUGGUCAACCAUUGUGAACGGGAAAUGCCAUCCUGACGCAUAUAACGCUAGCGAUCCCGAGGACAGGGCCACAUUCGGACGGUUUUUGAUUGGGGGAUGUAGCAUUUACUCUUUUAUACCGGCUGUUAUCAUGGUUAUCCUGACCCCUCUGAUCAUCAAGAAACUUUUGGAUCACAAGAAGAAAAGGAAUGCCAUUGCCAGUAACAAGAACAAAGUGGAGGAAACACGAAUCACAGCCAUGCUGCUCGGUAUUGUCACUGCUUACAUCAUCUUGAUCCUGCCAGUCACAUUCCUACAUGUCAUCUCCUUUCUUCUUGGUGUCAGGGCAUUUGGACAAAAUCCAAAUGGCUUUCUAAUCUUCAGGGACGUCACACAGAUUUUGGAACAAGUGAAUUAUGCCAUCAACUUUUUCCUUUAUGUCACAACCUCGCAGCAGUUCCGGCAGGGACUGAUGGAUCUACUUUGCUGCAGGAGAUCCACCAAGCCAACCAUAUCAAGAUCCAGGUUGAGUAAAUUUUCAAGUCAAAAAUGCUUGUAUGGCAGCUCUCAGGGUUCCGUUUGUUCUAAAUCGAGUGAUUCGGAUUUCGGGAACAAAAGUAGCGUUCCGACAAUCAGUAGCUCAGAAAAGGAGCAGACCCUCCUGGAAGAAAUACCUCGUGUGUCCUACCCAUGA